AUGAGGAACUCCUCUUCAUCGUUGUCCUCUGUAAUUACAUCGUCGAAUGACGAUGUAAUUAUGGAGAUUGAUGAAGCAAGUGAACCACAAGGACACAAUGGUAUGGUCGUAUCUGCUCAUGUGGUUUGGAAGGAUGUUAAUGUAAUGGUUACUCUGAAUAAUGGAGAUACAAGAAAUGUAUUAGAAGGACUUACUGGUUAUGCAGAACCUGGAACAUUCACUUCAUUAAUGGGUCCUUCUGGUUCUGGUAAAUCUACGCUGCUCGACGCACUUUCUGGACGUCUUGCUUCUAAUGCAAUCCUCUCUGGAAAAAUUCUCCUCAAUGGUCGCAAAGCUAAGCUCUCAUUUGGAACUGCAGCAUAUGUAACUCAAGAUGAUACAUUGAUUGGAACACUAACGGUUCGGGAGACGAUUUACUAUUCGGCUCAAUUACGUCUCCCUGAUAGGAUGCCAUUAUCGGAGAAACGUACAGUGGUUGAGAACACCAUUGUUGAUAUGGGCUUACAAGAUUGUGCUGAUACGUUUAUUGGAAAUUGGCACUUGCGCGGUAUUAGUGGAGGAGAAAAGAGGAGAGUUAGUAUUGCUCUUGAGAUUCUUAUGAGACCUAGAUUACUCUUUCUCGAUGAACCAACAAGUGGACUAGACAGUGCUUCAGCAUUCUUCGUAACACAGACGCUACGUUGUCUGUCCAGAGAUGGGCGGACUGUGAUAGCCUCAAUUCACCAGCCAAGCAGUGAAGUAUUUGAGCUGUUUGACAGAUUAUACUUGCUUUCUGGAGGAAAAACAGUUUACUUUGGUCAAGCUUCUGAAGCAAACCAGUUCUUUGCAGAAGCAGGAUUUCCUUGUCCCUCUUUCAGAAAUCCAUCAGAUCAUUUCCUCCGGUGCAGUAACUCUGAUUUCGACAAAGUUAAGACAACUCUAGCAGACUCAAUCAAAUCUGAUCAGUACAAUGAUGAUCCUCUAAACAAGAUGACAACAGUAGAAGCAAUUCGAAGUCUUGUUGACUUCUACCGCCGUUCUCAGUAUUGCUACUUAGCAAAUGAACAAGUAGAAGAAAUGUCCAAAGUUAAAGGAGUAGUGCUAGAUUCUAACGGUAGCCAAGCUAGUUUCUUUAUGCAGUCCUACAUCUUAACCAAACAUUCGUUUGUUAAUAUGACAAGAGACUUUGGCUAUUACUGGCUGAGGCUUGUGAUCUACUUAGUGGUCUCCGUCUGUGUUGGAACCAUCUAUUUUAAUGUGGGAACCACGUAUAAUUCCAUCCAGGCAAGAGGUGCAUGUGCAGCUUUCAUCUUUGGAUUUAUGACAUUCAUGUCGAUAGGAGGUUUCCCUUCAUUCGUGGAGGAUAUGAAAGUUUUUCAAAGAGAAAGGAUGAAUGGGCAUUAUGGUGUCAUUGCAUUUGUCAUAAGCAACACAUUAUCUGCCAUGCCGUUCCUUAUAUUGAUUGCAACUCUUUCUGGUACCGUCUGCUACUUAAUGGUCCGCUUCCAUCCAGGAUUCUCUCACUAUUUGUUCUUUGUAUUGGCCCUUUAUGCCAGCAUUACAGCGGUUGAGAGCCUGAUGAUGGUCAUAGCAAGUGUUGUCCCUAAUUUCCUCAUGGGUAUCGUCAUAGGGGCUGGCAUUCUGGGAAUAUCUAUGGUGGUUUCUGGGUUCUUCAGACUUCCCCAUGACAUCCCAAAACCUGUCUGGCGUUACCCGGUGUCUUACUUGACUUUUGAUUUUUGGGCUAUACAGGGCAAUUACAAAAACCACUUGAAGGGGUUGGUAUUUGAUAACCAGAGUCCUGAUCUUCCCAAGAUCAAAGGUGAAUAUGCGCUAAAACAAACAUUUCAGAUUCAUGUGGACAGAUCAAAAUGGGUGGAUCUAAGUGUCAUCUUCUCCAUGAUAAUCAUCUAUCGCGUGAUCUUCUUCAUAAUGAUCAAGAUCAACGAGGAUGUUACUCCUUGGCUCCGAGGCUACAUUGCUAGGAGAAAAAUGCAGCAGAAUGGUGCAAAUCAGAAUUAA